GCUGGAGUAUAGCAUUUCUUAAAACAAUUAGUAUUACCAGACUCUUUAUAGCAAGCACGGAUUCCCAAUAAAAAUAGAAACAAUGAGUAAAUGUCUCAUCUUUUUAUUUAUGCUUCUCAUAUUUCUUUGGGAAAGUUCACUUGACAUACCUGCGUAAAUGCGUGAACCUGCUUCACAACUUCAUCAAGCUCAUGGUUAACAAAUCGAUGGCGAGCGAGAGUUGGUUUUCCUUCAAACAAAGGAGAUACAAUGGUUACUACAAAGUUUUGACCACAUCCUCCAGACAAGUCUUGGAUUUCCUAAAACAAUUAUUAGUUUAUGCUAAUCCAUAGAAUAUACACUUACAACGUGAGUGGGUUGUAGCUUAGACUUAAUUAAAAGCUCUAAUUGUUGUGCAUUUACCAUUCUCGAAAUCUUGAUGUGUUCGGGGUAAUCAGGUGGUGAUUAGCAAGUGUUAGGUUUGCCAGCUACCAACUGAAAGUUUACGAUUAAAUUUUCAGCUUUAACACAAUGACGGAAAUAGAGGAUCGUAUUCAUGGUUGGAAUGAUAGAUUCGAAGAAUUGCUAAGCUUUAUUCCUGCAAAGCUAUAUUAUCGAGCAGAGACGGCGAAUCAAUGGAAGCAAAAAAAAUCAUCUUCUGAAGAGAAAAAGGAGCGUCGCAAAAUGAAGUUCUCUUUGGACGGUUUCAAUGACGAAGAACAAUCCCAAAACGAAGGAAGCCGACCGCCAAAUUGGAGUUCCGGCAAAAAUGAAGGGGAAGAUAAUGAAGAAUCCGGUCGCCGUGCUGAAAGUAUGUCACAAAUUCGUGGAAAAUUAGCUUCAAGAAUUCAGGACAUGCGAGAGAAGCGUAAGGCUAGUAAUUUGGAUCAGAAAAAGCAGAAUAAAAAAGUUUCUACAGAAGAGAAAAAGGCUGCUUCCAAGAAGAAAUCACCAAAGAAGCAAUCUUCAUCUCGUGCCGGUUUUUAAACAUAGCUAGGCGUAUUGCAGAAAAUCUAUUUUGGGUAAUUAAGGAUAUCAGGAUGUUAUUCACAUUAGUUUUGGAUUUUUAUGUUGGACAUGGCUUCAUAUUGACAAAAAGCUGGCAUUCCGAUCUAAACGAUCGGAUAUCCAAUUCGGCAUAUAUUUGUCCGUAUGGAUAGAAAAAAUAAAAUUCGGUUGAACGGUUCUCGUUAUUGUUAACAAGUCAGUCAUUUAAUACCAGAUUUUGAAAGAUGUCUAAAAAAGAUUCUUGUAGUUUAGUCACUGUUGUCUAUCCACCGUCUCAGGCACUUGAGAUGACUAUAUAUAUAUUCUUCUAUGGAUUAUUUUUAUGCUAUUUUAUUCAAUAUACAGUAGUUAAAAUUUUAUUUUUCUGUCAU